AUGUGGAGAAGUAUAGCUACGAUAGCAGCAAUAUGGAUUGGCGAUGUAAUAUCAGCAUCAGACGAGAUCAGUGCUAUGGAUAGUGCUGUAACUUUAGAGAAGGCCAAUGGAACUGGUACAUCAGAAAGCGACGCUUCGUCAUUAGACAUACACUUUGAAGCCCCACAUGUCAUCGAGCCUCAACAAAUAAACUUCCAUUUGGAAUCGCCGGAUGAAAAUAAUGUUCCUAAAAUUAACUUCCGGUUUGAAAUUCCAACAAAAAGUAAUCCUCUAUUCCAAGGACAGGCCUUGGAACCAGAUGGAAGACGUCGAUAUCAUAAGGCAGUUUUGAGAAGCUUAAACAUGAAACCGCAGGUAGUCAACAAGAACAACAUGAGAAUAAGAAUGGGAAAUGCUACUGACACCAAAAAUUUUCCUUACAUGGCUGCCAUUAUUAUAAAUGGGAGGGUGUGGUGUGCUGGGUCGCUUGUUGACGAGAACUGGGUGUUAACGGCUGCUCAUUGUUUGAAUUUUGUGCUUCACGUGUCUCCUCUGAAGUCAUUGGGUAAUUAUGUAAAGGUACGCGUCGGAAGUGCCCAUCCCCACGAGGGCGGAAUGCUCCUGGAUGUGGUCGGAGCUGUAAGACAUCCUAAAUUUGAGGAGGAACCAGUACCCCACGCUGACGUCGCUCUUUUGAAACUAUCUCAGAAUAUUAAAAGAUUCGACAGGUUCAUAAAUAUUAUAAAAAUAUAUGAAGGAGUUGCGGAACCAUUUGCGCAAAGUUUCAUCUCAGUAUCCGGUUGGGGAACAAACAGGGGCACAGACACGGCGUUCAGAGAUCACACUCCUGACAUGGGAUACGCUCGUCUCAAAGUACGCUCACAGUCUUACUGCAUGGACGCCUACCAGCUUGUCAAUGGCUUUCAGUUUACUGAAGACUUUUUUUGCGCUUCUCUUAGAAACGGUAGCAGGGAUCUCUGUUUGUUUGAUGCAGGUGCUCCAGCUGUACAAAGGAAUCGGCUAAUGGGAAUUAUGAGCUUCGGGCCCGAACGCUGCGGUCAUGAGUUCCAACCGGCUGUAUUCAUUAAGGCUUUCUAUUUUAGGGACUUCGUGAAAUCGACUAUUUCCUCAUACAAGACCACAGAAGAACUGAUCGAGGCAAUGGCAGUUGCCCAUCCGGAAGUCCGAAUCCCACAUGUAAAAAUGUAUUCUGAAGAAGAAGAUAUGUUGAUGUUACCUGGCGAAGACCCAGAAAAUAUGGCCACCAUGCCUGAUAAUAUGCAUGACUGA